AUGACAACAAUGGAAGGGGCCAGCGGGUCGAGUUUUGGAAUAGACACGAUUUUGUCCAGUGCCAGUUCGGGCAGCCCCGGCAUGAUGAAUGGAGAAUUCCGCCCGCUCGGCGAGGCCCGGACCGCGGAUUUUAGGAGUCAGGCCACUCCGUCCCCCUGUUCGGAGAUUGAUACCGUAGGAACGGCGCCUUCUUCUCCGAUCUCCGUCACCAUGGAGCCCCCGGAGCCGCAUCUGGUGGCAGAUGGGCCCCAGCAUCACCACCACCUCCACCACAGCCAGCAGCCGCCGCCGCCGGCCGCGGCCGCCACGCAAAGUUUGCAGCCUUCGCCCCAACAGCAGCCGCCGCCGCCGCCGCCCCCGGCCCAGCAGCUGGGCUCGGCCGCCUCGGCCCCCAGGACUUCCACCUCUUCUUUUUUAAUCAAGGACAUUCUGGGCGACAGCAAACCUCUGGCAGCGUGUGCACCCUACAGCACCAGCGUCUCCUCCCCCCACCACACCCCGAAGCAGGAGAGCAACGCAGCCCACGAGAGCUUCCGGCCAAAGCUCGAGCAGGAGGACAGCAAAACCAAACUGGACAAGCGGGAAGAGUCCCAGAGCGACAUCAAAUGCCACGGAACAAAGGAGGAAGGAGACCGGGAGAUUACGAGCAGCCGAGAGAGUCCCCCUGUGAGAGCCAAAAAGCCCCGCAAAGCCAGGACAGCUUUCUCUGACCACCAACUCAAUCAACUGGAGCGUAGCUUUGAGCGACAGAAGUACCUGAGUGUGCAGGACCGCAUGGACCUGGCGGCUGCACUCAACCUCACUGAUACCCAGGUCAAGACCUGGUACCAGAACCGCAGGACCAAGUGGAAGCGGCAGACGGCGGUGGGCCUGGAGCUGCUGGCCGAGGCGGGCAAUUACUCGGCGCUGCAGAGGAUGUUUCCCUCGCCGUAUUUCUACCACCCGAGCCUGCUGGGCAGCAUGGACAGCACGACGGCCGCGGCGGCCGCCGCCGCGAUGUACAGCACCAUGUACCGGACUCCGCCCGCGCCCCACCCCCAGCUGCAGCGGCCCCUGGUGCCCCGGGUGCUCAUCCACGGCCUGGGGCCCGGGGGACAGCCGGCCCUCAACCCCCUGUCCAACCCCAUCCCGGGCACCCCGCACCCCCGGUGAAGAGC